AUGAAUAGAAAUAUAUUUAAAAAUAGUUUUGUAGUGACAAUUUUGUUAUUGUUCAUUUUGUCGUCUUCUUCGGAAGUCGGUGCAUUCGACUAUGACGAAGAUAUCGAAGUCUACUAUGUAGAGGCACCACUCUUAAAAGCAAUGUUCGGUGACUUGCUCGAAAAUUUCAAAGCUUUUCAUUCUGGUGUUUAUUUUUAUGCAACAGAAUCAAAAGAAAGUUUUACAUUGGAUUAUGUUGCAUCUCCAAGUAUUUUGGGUGCAGUGUUUCCACAGGUGAAUGAAACCACACAGGAUAUCAUUUGGAUGAGCAAUGGAAUUGUCCAGUUCAAUACAGAUUUCAAUCAGUCGUACUGGAGCAGUGGACAACAGUAUAUUAUGACGGUGAACGGUGAGACCUUUGCCAAGUAUCUCUGCUGGGCAGAGCUCUACAACCAGACCAAUCCGUUUUACAAUCUCUUUGAGGUGCGUGACAACGUCACACUCGAACUGUACUUGAGCUCAUCGAUCUGCAACGACUUUGUGUGGGCGACGUUCGAAGCACUCUACAACCUCGGCGGUGAAAUUCCCGAAGCCACCACCACUCCUCCAUCGCGUGACUUUAUCACGUUGUACGUCACCAAAGAGCCGUACGCAAUUACCGACCCUGAGGACCCAGCCACCUGGGAUCAACUCAUGAGCUUCUACGAGAAGAUGCAAUUGCAACCGAAUGAAACGGCUAUCCAAUUCGUAUCGUCGCUGGUACAGGCAUUCUCUGGUAACUUUUAUUACUAUCGAUCACAAGUAUACUACAAUCUUUCAUUGACCGCACGUGAACCACUCACCUACUCGCCAGCAGCACUACCAUCCGGACCACGUGAACCAUCCGUUGUCAAAUUUGCACAAGGUUGCAAACUUCCACCACCCUUAAAGACACAUAAUGGUAUUGGUGGUGGUUGGAUAUUUAUCAUUGUAUUAUUCUCUUGCUCAACAGUAUAUAUAGCAGGUGGACUCAUUUAUAAUGUUCAAGUGAAAGGUGAACCAUUGUCAGCCAAUGCUCUACCAAACUAUAAUGCAUGGAUGUCACUGAGUGGAUAUGUUAAGGAUGGUGGAUUGUUUAUUGUUUCAAAGGUUAGAGGUGGUAGCGGUGUCACUCCAGGUGGAAAUUACACUUCAUCUGAUGAUGUUAUGAUGAUUAGUGAUAAAACCCUUUCCAACAACAACAACAACAAUAACAACAAUAACAACAAAUCUUUAUACGUACUAUACAUAUAUACUAAUAAUAAUAAAUCAACAUCUUUUUCAAUGACAGGUUAUUACUCUAUAUCAUAUCAUAAUCAUCAUGUAGAUCGAUUAGAUAUUUGA